AUGAUUCUCGAGACCGAGGACAUACAUGGAAGGAUGUCUCUACCGGUAGAUCGCAAUUCGAUAGAUUUCCUGGAGCACGAGGCCCACGACCGGCUGCUCGAGAACGAGAAAGACAACCGGCCUCGACUCCGCUUCCAUGUUCGCCCCUGGUUGAUUCCAAUCUGCAUCCAUUUCGCCAUCUUAAUCGCCCAGGUUUGGCUCUUCGUGCGGCCCGGGCUUCUUUUAAAGGCCACACCUCCCUGGAUUGACGCGGCGACAGUCACCCCGGCAUUGAAGUGGCAGAAGCAGGUUAUCGAUUCGACGGUGUAUCGCCAGUCGCCGUACAGCGGCAACCCCAGUCCAGAUGUCGACCAUGCAUGGAAUCAGUUGACAAGCGGCUUCAAUCUCCGCGUCCCCAAGAGGACGUUGGAUAGACUCAAUCGCACCUCGAUCCCAUUGUCUGACGGGUCUGGCUAUAUUGCCGGGUGGGAUACAACCCAUCAACUGCAUUGUCUUUUGAGCAUUCGACACGCUUUGGCUCCUGAAUAUUAUGCCGAGGAGAUGGCAGCCAUGUACAAGCCCGAAGGCGAAGUAUAUCCCACACAUAUCUCACACUGCGUCGAACUCCUCCGGAAACAUAUCAUGUGUAAGGCGGAUUGGAGCCUGUUCACCUAUGAGUGGUCUCCGGACCAACACGCUCCACUGACCAACUUUGCUGUUGAGCACAGCUGUGUCGACUGGGAUAAUAUGUAUGAAUGGUCGGUGAAGAAUAGCUUCCCUCUUCAUGAUGAUUUGCUUGUUCAUCCAACCUUUGGGCCAUGGCCCAAUGGAGGGCCGGUGUAG